UCUCGCCAACCAUCCAUCAAAACUCCGGUCCGACGCGUCGACCUGUAAAACAUUUGGUUCUCCGUCUGCUCUCCUCUCCUCUCCUCUCCUCUCUCUGAGAUUGAUUUCUAUACAGAAAUGUUGCAGUGUAUUUUCCUUCUGUCAGACUCAGGGGAAGUAAUGCUUGAGAAACAGCUGACAGGGCAUCAGGUUGAUCGGUCGAUAUGCGCAUGGUUUUGGGACUAUGUGAUUGCUCAAGGGGAAUCAUUUAAGCUUCUACCAGUGAUUGCUUCACCAACACAUUAUCUUUUCCAAAUCGUUCGUGAGGGAAUCACGUUCUUAGCAUGCACACAGGUUGAAAUGCCGCCUUUGAUGGGAAUUGAGUUCCUUUGUAGGGUAGCAGAUGUUCUUUCAGAUUAUCUUGGAGGCUUGAAUGAAGACUUAAUCAAGGAUAACUUUGUUAUCGUAUAUGAGCUUUUGGAUGAGAUGAUGGACAAUGGUUUCCCUCUCACAACGGAACCAAAUGUCCUGAGGGAGAUGAUAGCUCCACCAAAUCUUGUCAGCAAAAUGUUGAGUGUUGUGACUGGUAGCAGUUCUAGUGUAAGCAACACCCUUCCAGGUGCAACAGCAUCUAGUGUUCCAUGGAGAACAACUGAUCCAAAGCAUGCAAACAACGAAGUUUAUGUUGAUCUUGUUGAGGAAAUGGAUGCAAUUGUGAGCAGAGAUGGGACUCUUGCGAAAUGUGAAGUAUAUGGUGAAGUUCAAGUGAACUCUCACCUCUCUGGUCUUCCUGAUUUGACUCUUUCAUUUUCAAACCCUUCCAUUCUGAAUGAUGUGAGGUUUCAUCCUUGUGUUCGGUUUCGGCCUUGGGAAUCAAAUCAAGUUCUGUCAUUUGUGCCUCCAGAUGGGCAGUUUAAGCUUAUGAGUUACAGGGUUAAAAAGUUGAAGAAUACUCCAAUUUAUGUAAAGCCACAACUAACGUCUGAUGCGGGAACAUGCCGUGUCAACGUAUUAGUUGGAAUCCGCAAUGAUCCGGGAAAGACAAUCGACUCCAUAACAGUGCAGUUUCAGCUUCCUGCUUGUGUUGCUUCUGCGGACUUGACUUCGAAUCAUGGAACAGUAAACAUACUUGCCAACAAGGUCUGCUUUUGGUCCAUUGGGCGGAUACCCAAAGAUAAAACUCCAUCUCUCACAGGAACCCUAUUUCUCGAGACAGGCGUGGAUCGUUUGCAUGUGUUUCCUACCUUUCAAGUGGAUUUCAAGAUAAUGGGCAUUGCUCUCUCAGGUCUGCAGAUAGAUAAAUUGGAUAUAAAGAACAUGCCGAGUCGCCCGUACAAAGGAUUCCGAGCUCUUACGCGUGCUGGAGAGUAUGAAAUAAGGUCCUAAAUCAAUGCUUUAUAUGAAGUUGUAGCACAGGAGAUGUCAUUCUCUCAUCUUGUAUGAACCCAUUGAGAUUCAGUGUCCUCACACGAUGGGAAGGUCUUUCGGAACGGUGCUGCCUAAAUGCAACCUACAGCUGUUUGGAGGGUGAAGCAGUGUCCCAUUGUCUUGCUUGAUGUGAAAGAUCAGUUUUUCUUCGCCAAUGUUUCAGGUGUGGGCAUUGUAAUGUUGAAGUCUCAGAGUUUGAUCCGCGUUUAUUUGAGGAGGGUAUUUUACAGGUUACACCAACAAAUUUUGUAACUUUAGAUGGCUUUUUUGUUGUUGUUGUUGUUGUUGUUGUUGAUCUUCUCCUUCU